AUGGCUGCCAACAACGAUAACACUUCCACCCUCAAGUCGUACGUCGACUCUGCCACUGGCGCUGCCCAGAACCUCCUCGGCUCUCUUACCGGCAGCACUGCCGAUCAGAACAAGGGAGAGGCCAAGCAGGACAAGGCACAGCUCGAACACGAUGCUUCCCACGCUACUGCUAAGAUUCCCGGCUUCACUGCUACCGCUGGUGGUGUGACCAAGGACGACCCCGAUCGUGCUGGCGGCUCCUGGAACCAGACCGUUGGCUCUGCCAAGGAGACUGUUGGUGGUCUCGUGGGCUCCGAGAACUUGAAGCAGCAAGGUCGUGAGCAGAACCUCGAGGGCCAGCAGCAGGAGGCUAAGGGCCAGCUCAACGAUUACACUUCUGGCAUUGGCAACCGUGUCCAGGGCACCAUUGGUGGUGCCGUCGCUGGCCUUACCGGCGACAAGGCUGGCCAGGCCCACUACGAGGGUCUUCACGACACGGGCAAGACUCAGCAGCGUGGUGCCGAGCAUGACAUUCAGAAGCAGGCCGAGGCCAGACAGCACUAA